GGCGUCCCGAGCUACUAGUUUAUAUAUGGCGGCUCCCAGUUUUUAAAAAUUUCGUUGAGUUUUUAAUCGAAAAAUUUCAAAGUUUUAUUAUAAUUAUGAUUUAAUUAUAAGAAUUAACAGAACCAAAAAUGAUACUUUACUCUACAUUACGGUGUAAAUACAGCUUAAAUUUAUUACAGAGAAUACUUCAAAAUUCAAAAAAUAAAAUUGCCAAACGUCCUCAGCAAAUAUUUGAUUAUUUUCUGGUUACUGACUUUGAAGCCACGUGUAAUGAAAAGAGAAACGUUUUAAAACCACAGGAAAUUAUUGAGUUUCCUGUUUUGAAAGUAGAUGGAAAAAACUUUGAAAUUCAGUCGGUAUUCCAUGAAUAUGUUCAGCCUGUUGUACAUAAGGAAUUGCAUCCAUUUUGCAUUGAACUAACUGGAAUAAUUCAAGAUAUGGUAGAUGGGCAACCUCAUUUUGAUGAGAUUUUAAAAAAAUUUCAAGGAUGGAUGGAAUCAGAAAAUCUCUUAAAUCCUGAAAUAAAGUUUGCUUUUGUUACGUACUCUGAUUUUGAUUUUAAUAAAAUGUUGCCCUCUCAAUGUAAAUUUCUUGGUAUAGAUGUUCCAUCAUAUAUGACAGAAUGGAUUGAUAUUCAAAAAUGUUUUGCAGAUGAAACUACACAAUGGCCUAAUAUGGGAUUGAAAGGAGUUUUAGACUAUUUAAAUAUCACCCCAGUUGGCAGGCUUCAUUCUGGAAUAGAUGAUUGCAGAAAUACAAUAGCUAUCAUGAAGGCUUUGGCAGAUAGAGGUUAUGUUUUUAAAAUAAAUAGCACUUUUAGUAGGAAAAAAGAAAAACAAUACAAAUAUCAUGAAAUAGAUAAUAUUUGGCACCCUAUUUUUGCUUUUACAACAUAA